AUGGCCAUGGCGGGGUUGCAACACCAGGGCGGCAGCAUGAGCACGAGCAGCAGCGGCAGUGAGAGCAAGACGAUGAAGGAGAGGCAUGCGUCGGCGGCGCUCGAGGAGCUGCGCGCCAUCGUGCAGGCGUGCGCGACCAUGCUCAACAGGAAGCCGUCAUCGCUGAAGCGCGCGUUCGAGCGGCGGCACCCGCAGCUGGCGGGGGAGGCGGACAGCGCGCUGUACGCCACCCACCUGCUGCUCUUCGCGCUCCACCGCGCCCUCCGCGCCUGCACCCUGCGCACCGCCCUCGCCGCUUCCAAGGUCCCCUUCCCUCCCCUCUGUCCCCUCUGCGCCAUCACCGUGCCACUGGACCAGCUGCUGUACCGCAGCAUAACCACCUUCGCCACUCUGCACCGCAUGCACCUCGAGGCCCAGCAGCAGCAGCAGCGCGCGCGACGGCAGGCGUCCAGCAAGGGCGCGGGGGCCAGCAGGGGAGCGCCGCCCAGGCCGCCGUCCAUGGGGCACGAGCAGCAGGUGCAGGCGGUGGGCAGGGAGGAGGAGAGGUUGGAGAAGGAGAGGGCUUUGCAGGCGGAGGCGAUGGCGCUGGGGUUCACACGUGUGGCGCCGCUGCUGGGGGAGCUCGCCACGCCCGCCACGGCCGCCUGCCUGCACCACCACCUCGCCUUCACUCGCGCUGCCAACUCGCCCUCCGCCCAGCCGCCCCCCUCGGGCCUCUCUGCCGACCGCAUGCACCAGUUUGUGGCCGCCGUGGCACAUGAGCAGGAGGCGAUGGGCAAGCGCACGGGGGUGAUAGCAGCGGCGCUGGGGCUGCAGGAGAGGGAGGUGGUGGUGGCGGAGAGCGACGCCACGCUCUACAUCGACGCCCCGGGGGCGCCCAAGACGCUUGUGGGCCAUGGCCGCCUCUACCUCACCCCUCUCGCCCUUUACUUCCAGGCGGACGCCACAGGCUUCCUGCGCACGGUGGCGGGGAGGGUGGAGCGCUUUGACCUGGCAGCUGUGGGGGUGGAGGCGGCGGUAGCAGAGGUGGCGCCGGACGCGCUGGCGCUCAACGUCUUCUCCAUGACGCGCUCCCUUGCCCUCUCCUCCCGCCUGUGCGCUCCCUCGCCCUCUCCUCCUCCCUGUGCGCCCUGCUCGCUCGCUCUUUCUUCCCGCCUCUCUGCUCCCAUUCUUCCCGUCGCACUCCCGCUUCUGCCCAACGCCCCAUGCUCAUCCCAUGGCCCUCCCAUCCCCCAUGCACCACACUUCUCCUCAUCAAGUCCCCCAUGCUGCUCUCCUUGUCAAGGGACCUCCCUGCCACCUGCAAUCCGUGUGCACGUGGUGCUGUGA